CGGGUGCAUGGCGUGACCAGGCUCGGUUGAGCAGUGCAGUUGCAGUGUGAUGGGGUCGAGGCCGGGGUUGACGCUUUGACAGCUAGUAGAGCAGCGAGGGAGAGAGAGAGUGUGAGUGAGUGAGAGAGAGAGUGAGGGAGGAAAAAAAAGCGAGCAAGCUGACCAGAGGCUGCACACUGCUAAAAUAUGUUCGCCAAAGGCAAAGGCUCGGCGGUGCCCUCGGACGGGCAGGCUCGGGAAAAAUUAGCUUUAUACGUUUAUGAGUAUUUGUUACACGUAGGAGCACAGAAAUCGGCACAGACCUUUCUAUCAGAGAUACGAUGGGAGAAAAAUAUUACGCUAGGGGAGCCACCUGGGUUUUUGCAUUCUUGGUGGUGUGUGUUUUGGGACCUUUACUGUGCAGCUCCUGAAAGACGAGAUACUUGUGAACACUCAAGCGAAGCAAAAGCCUUUCAUGAUUAUAGUGCAGCAGCAGCUCCAAGUCCUGUACUCGGAAACAUUCCUCCCAGUGAUGGCUUACCAGGAGGACCAAUUCCUCCAGGAUUCUUUCAGGGACCACCUGGCUCUCAGCCUUCUCCUCAUGCACAGCCGCCUCCUCACAAUCCUAACAACAUGAUGGGACCCCACAAUCAGCCUUUUAUGUCACCUCGAUAUGCUGGGGGUCCAAGGCCCCCCCUCAGAAUGGGAAACCAGCCUCCAGGAGGUGUUCCAGGUUCACAGCCACUACUUCCUAACACAAUGGAUCCCAGUCGGCAACAAGGGCAUCCUAACAUGGCAGGUCCAAUGCAGAGAAUGAGUACUCCUAGAGCAAUGGGCCCUAUGGGCCCCGGACCACAGUCUGACCCUUGGUUAUCAUUACAGAGUUAUGGCGGUGGAAUGAGGCCCCCACCCAACUCAAUAGGUCCUGGCAUGCCUGGAAUUAACAUGGGUCCAGGAACAGGACGACCAUGGCCUAACCCAAAUAACAGUAAUUCUAUUCCUUAUUCGUCUUCAUCCCCUGGCACAUAUGUGGGUCCUCCUGGUGGUGGUGGUCCUCCUGGAACACCGAUUAUGCCAAGCCCAGCAGAUUCCACAAAUUCAAGUGACAAUAUCUACACAAUGAUUAAUGCUGGAGGAAAUCGAACAAAUUUCCCAAUGGGCCCUGGAUCUGAUGGACCCAUGGGGGGGAUGGGCGGAAUGGAACCACAUCAUAUGAAUGGAUCAUUAGGGUCUGGAGAUAUAGAUGGACUUCCUAAGAAUUCUCCCAGUAAUAUAAGUGGAAUCAGCAAUCCUCCAGGUACCCCAAGAGAUGAUGGUGAACUUGGAGGAAACUUUCUCCAUUCUUUUCAGAAUGACAAUUAUUCUCCAAGCAUGACGAUGAGCGUGUGAUUUUUUUAUUUUUUAUUUUUUCCUCCCUCCUUGUCCUCGUUUUUGCCUUCUUCACCCAUUGACUCUCCCUCCCUCCCCAGGACCAGAGUGAGUCACCAGUCAUCUGGAGGAGUAAAGAAAGUAUGCAAGAAGAAGUCAAAACUUUUGGCAAGGAACUAGGGGAGCAUCCUAAUUUUAGUUUCAUGCAAUAACAGAAAUAAAGGCUGAACUUCUUGUAUUCCAUAAACCAUGAAGGACAUUUUUUUUAAACCUAACCUUCUUUUGGAAGGAUAAUUAUACCUACAGUACAUGACACUUUUUCAACAUUUUAUUUUCUUCAAGUAAAAAGCGAAAGCCUCUAGCGCCCGUCUUGACCUCUUUGCUUUGUUCUUGAAAACUGUUGAAUGUUUGUGAUGUGCUCCUCAAGGAAGCUAGUUGUAGGUAUCCGGUCAUCUUGUCUAUGUUGUAGCUAUUUUUUUAAACCGGACAGUUUACACAUGCACUGUGGUUUUGUUCCAGAAACAAACAAAAGACUUUGGGAAUUCUACUCAAUAAAAUCUCUUUUCUCUAACGAUAAGGAGUCAUAAAGGAAGAUGCAUUGCAGCUGUGCUACUUUGAAAUUGUUUGCGGUGAACUGAGUAUGAAACUGAGGAUUCAUUGAACUGGAUGUUUUAUUUUUAUUAUUAUUUUUUUAAUUUGACAAAUUGGAGAUUACCGUGACUAUACAUUGGAUAUUAUGUAAGACAAAUCUAUUUUAAUGGUAUGUAUGUUUGAUUUAAUUUAAAGAUGUUGAUGCAACUCCUUGAGUUAGAUACAUUUUAAAAUCAUUUUAGAAAUCUCAGCAGUUUAGGGGGUUUAUUUUGCUAAAGAACCCUUUUUUGCAAUUGUUUUGUUUUAAAUUUUCUAUUUUGCAACUGAUAUUCUGUAGAUUAACUGUUUAAAAAAAAAAAAAAAAAAAAAAGAAAAGAAAGUACAAACCUCUACUUGGCAGAGGCAGCUACAGAAAUGUCGAAGUUGGAACUGUGUGAAAGCGGGAAUUACUAUGUACAGUACACUACCUGUAGAUGGUAUUUUUUUUACCCACCUAUAAAAAGUGUAUCAUGUUAUGUAUAAAAUAUUAUCUGCCUGAACAUACCUUUGUGCUGAUUAUUGAACAUUGUAGCUGUUUCUGUGUUUCUUACCAUGUACUCUGGUUAUAAUGAGAGAAAAAGAAAUUAAUCUGCAUUGUAGUUUGUGUUUCCAGUAUUUAUUUCCCGUUAUUCCCCCUCCCCCCCCCCCCUCCCCCCCCCCCCCCCCCACCAGUCGGCUAUUUUUGCAGACGUUUGUCCCAUGUGCCCCCCUGCCCUUACAGCCAGAACUCUGGUAGCAAUAUUAAGCACCUUUUAUGUUUCAGAAUUGAACUUUCUCAAACUCUUUGGGGAAGGGUGGGUUGAAGAAUGGGAGACUCAACAGCAUUAGCCCCAAUGGUUGGGGCACAUCAGGUAAUGUUUAUUUAUUGAUUUUCUUCUGUACUUUUUCAGUCCCACUUGUUUCCUGUAAAAUUUCAAACAUAACAAAGUCGGUUAGCUUUUUUUUUUUUUUUUUUAAUGGGUAAAUAUUUCCCUUCCUUCACUUAUUCCCACUCCCAAAUGUAAUAAAUAAGAAACAAAAACA